CCUCCUACAAUCCACCUCUCCAAAGAUGUCAACCGGCUGUGUGAAGAAUGGGAGGAAUCAAACUUACUCAUUGUAAAUGGUCGCGGAAUCCCUGUCAAGUAUUGGGGAGAGUUCUACAAGAAAGGAAAGGGCGUCAAGACUGCAGCAUGGGAUGCACUUCGAGUAGAAUGGGGAAAUUGGAAGUUCAUUGCCGAAGAACGGCAGCGAUACUCAGACAACACCUCAUUCUGGCAUGCAUUUAGUGACGAGAACGGCAAGGUUUUUUCUUACCAACAGAUCCUGAACUGCCUUGCAGAGCACCGGGUCUCUGCUGCUGCCCGAGACGCUAAUGAUGCACGCACCUUUUUUGGUGGCAAUCUCGACCACCCACUAGCCCACAGUGCCUUUCGCUACACCAAAAGUGGCAAGACUUACUUGUCAAGCAAGGACGAUGCUGUCGCAAAGAAGUGGCGCGAGCUU